UCCCUUCUCAGCUCACCCGACCUCUCUAGGGUUUUCAAAGCAGUGGCCUUGAGAGGAAAUGGAGGAAUUAGCUCCUUUAGUAUGUAAUAUAGGGAUUUUGGAUACGCUAAGCGACGACUUGAUCAAUGAAAUUCUCGAGGACUACGCCGGAUUCUGUGCCGCAACUACAGCUCUUCUUAACGGCGCUGGUGAUAUCUCCGUGACGCCGGAGUUCGUGUCUCAUGUGCACUCGCUCUGCAAGCAUGGCCUUGGCUCUCUCGUUAACGAUUACUUUCUCAAGUCGUUGGAGGAAACAUUUGAGAAGAAUGGCAGUUCAAAAUUUUGGCAGCAUUUUGAUGCUUAUAGCAAUAUAGCAACUCUGGGGAAGCAUGAAACUCCUAUAUUUUACCAUGAGCUGCAGCAACUUUUGUGCAGAGCUCUUGAAGAGAUAUCCUCCGAAAAACAGUAUCAGGGGAAGUGCCUGUUAGUCUUAGUUCAUGCCUUGCAGUCUUACAAGGAGUGCUCAUCUGAGGAAAAACAUAAUUCAAAUGCUCAAAAAUCAUAUCUAUUUUCAAGGUAUCAGUUAAUGGUGUCUUCAGUUCUUAUGGCCAGCAUUCCUCGACAUUUUCCCGAAAUACUACACUGGUAUUUUAAGGGAAGGCUCGAGGAGCUGAGUGCUAUCAUGGAGGGAGAGUUUAAUGGUGAUGGUGAUACUCCAGAUAAAGAUGACAUGGAUUUAGAUGAAAAAAGCAAACUGUCUUGUAGAAAUGGUGAAAUGGAAAUUGAUGAAUGCUUUCUUGAAGGUAGAUUCACAGAGAACAACAAGCUGGUGAAGAACAUUGGGAAAAUCGUUCGAGACCUCAGAAAUCUUGGAUUUACUUCUAUGACUGAAGAUGCCUAUGCUUCUGCCAUCUUUUUACUUUUGAAGGCUAAAGUGCAUGAUCUGGCUGGUGAUGAUUACAGGGCUUCUGUGCUGGAGUCCAUUAAAGGAUGGAUACAGGCUGUGCCUCUCCAGUUCUUGCAUGCACUUCUUGCUUAUCUUGGCGAUUCUGUUAGCUGUGAUAGCCCUUCCCCCGGUAUCAAAUCACCUUUGGCUUGUCAUCCAUCACCUUGUAACACUCCUUCUGAAGGGCUUAUUAGAUGGCAGUUGCGGCUAGAGUAUUUUGCCUAUGAAACAUUGCAAGAUCUGAGAAUAGCCAAACUAUUUGAGAUAAUAGUGGACUAUCCUGACAGCUCCCCUGCGAUUGAGGACUUGAAACAGUGCCUUGAAUAUACUGGACAACAUUCUAAGUUGGUUGAGUCAUUCAUUUCUUCACUGAGAUAUCGCUUACUCACUGCGGGUGCCUCAACCAAUGACAUACUGCAUCAGUAUGUUUCAACUAUUAAAGCACUGCGUACUAUUGAUCCUGCUGGUGUCUUUCUUGAAGCAGUUGGUGAGCCAAUAAGAGAUUAUUUAAGGGGUAGGAAAGACACCAUAAAGUGCAUUGUAACCAUGCUAACUGAUGGGACUGGGGGGAACCCAAAUGGAUCUGGAAUUACUGGGGAUAGCCUUCUUGAGGAAUUAAAUAGAGAUGAGGAAAGUCAAGAAAAUGCUGUUGCUGAUGAUGACUUCCACACUGAUGACAAGCAAGCAUGGAUCAACGCUUUACGCUGGGAGCCUGAUCCCAUAGAGGCUGAUCCAUCAAAGGGCAGUAGGACUCAAAGGAAGGUUGACAUACUGGGGAUGAUUGUUGGCAUAAUUGGUUCGAAAGACCAACUUGUUAAUGAAUAUCGUGUGAUGCUUGCUGAAAAGCUUCUCAACAAAUCUGAUUAUGACAUUGACUCAGAGAUAAGAACUUUGGAACUUCUCAAGAUACAUUUUGGAGACAGCAGUAUGCAGAGGUGUGAAAUUAUGCUUAAUGAUUUGAUUGAUUCCAAGAGAACAAACCAUAAUAUCAAAGCAACAAUACAGUCAACUCAAACAGGACAAGAGCAGCAAGAAACAGGAGUAUAUCUGGAUGUUCUUGAUGCCACCAUUAUAUCCUCAAAUUUUUGGCCUCCAAUCCAGGACGAAGCACUUAAUGUACCUGAGCCUGUUGAAAAACUGCUCACUGAUUAUGCCAAUAGGUUUCACGAAAUCAAGACUCCUCGUAAGUUACUUUGGAAGAAAAAUCUUGGCACUGUGAAGCUGGAGUUGCAAUUUGAAGAUAGAGCAAUGCCGUUUACAGUAUCACCUGUACAUGCUGCAAUUAUCAUGCAAUUUCAAGAUCACACGAGUUGGACCGCAAGUAAGCUUGCAUCUGCUAUUGGGGUACCAGUGGAUGUACUCAAUCGAAGGAUAAAUUUUUGGAUAAGUAAGGGAAUUCUUGCCGAAUCAAUUGGGGCAGAUGCUAAUGAUCAUGUAUUUACCCUUUUGGAAGGCAUGGUUGAUGCUAGUAAGAAUGGUGGUAACAGUGGGAGUUGUGAGGAACUGCUAGUUGGUGAUGAGGAGGGAGAGAGAUCUGUAGCCUCUGUUGAGGACCAAAUUCGCAAGGAAAUGACUGUGUAUGAGAAAUUUAUAAUGGGGAUGCUCACUAAUUUCGGCAGCAUGGCAUUGGAUCGCAUCCACAACACUCUCAAGAUGUUUUGUGUAGCUGAUCCUCCUUAUGACAAGUCACUGCAGCAGCUGCAAAGCUUUUUAUCAGGUUUAGUUUCUGAAGAGAAGUUAGAAUUGAGAGAUGGAAUGUACUUCUUGAAGAAGUAACGAUCCGAUAUGAUCAUAAUUCGUCAUACUUCAUAACCAGUGCAAUGUUUCUCCUUAAUUGGAAGAUAUUGCUUUCUAGUGGGAGUUUUUGGUAACGAGCAACCUAGGUUUUGGCCUGGUAAAUAUAGCUGGAUGAUGAUGGAGAUAUCUGUAGGAGAGUUUUGAUGUGAUCAUCAGCAACACUAACUAGCCUUCUGACUAAUAUUCUCUUCCUGCGGUGCUAAGUGCUUCUGUUGUGCAAAGUGGAGCAAAUUAUGAGAUCUUUUCAUGGAUUGCAAAGGUGAGUGUCCUUCCUAAGAAUGCUUUCCCAUAUUCUCAUCACAAGAUGGUACUCUCUGCAGAUCAUAUAGACGUGGAUCUAUUGGUCAUAU